GCAGCGAGUAAACAGACGUGCAGGAUGUCGCAAGGCGCUAAACUCCAGCUUUAAAAUAUGAAAUGAUGUAAACUCCCAGCGGCGAUAGAGACGAGAAAUUGAUAAAAUAAUCAUCAGACUACACAUUUAAGGCUUCGUAACAUAACAAUGGCGGCAGAGCGGCUGCCCAGCGCUGCGUUGAGCUAGCAUGCUAGGCUAAGUGCUAACUUUCGGUCGGUGUCGGGAAAUGCGAGCGAGCUCCCGCGGUCAUGGCAGCGGGACCAGGAGCCGCGUUCGGCGGAUCUCUGGAGGCGACAUUGGCCCGGAAGUUCCAAGGUGUCACCAGCACGAUGGACUCGAUCCAGGGGCUGUCGACUUGGUGCAUCGACAACAAGAAGUACCACAGCGUGAUCGUGCGCCACUGGAUGAGGUUUCUGAAGAAGUCUGACGCCCCACACAGACUCAACCUGUUUUACCUCGCCAACGAUGUCAUCCAGAACUGUAAAAGGAAAAAUGCCACCGUCUAUCGAGCGGAAUUCGCCGAGGUGCUACCUGAGGCCUUCGGUCUGGUCAACCAAGAAGGUGACGCCAAGGUGAUUAAUAAAUUGGAAAGGAUACUGUCCAUCUGGGAGGAGAGAGGAGUGUAUGCAGGGACGCUCAUCUCCGAGCUCAGGAGUGGCUUAAUCAAGGAGGAGUCCCCGCCUGAGACGCCCGUGGAGCAGAAAACUCCAGUCGAGUCCAAAGCAGAUCUACAAUCCAAGGUUGUUGCAGAGUUUGUGCCCCAGGCACUAAUAGACCAACUGGCCAAGUACAAGAAAUCUCUGGCAGAUCUGGACAUGAGAGAAAAACAGCAGGCAGCUAUGAGAGUUGACAUCUGCAGCUCUGAAGCUCUCAAGAAGCUCAAAGAUAAGGCCGGAGGAAAGAAGUUCUCCAGGGACUUUGAGGAAGGAAACACACAGCUACAGGAGUUUGUCAAGUAUUUUGACAAACAAAGCAAAACAGGCCCUCCUCUCAUGGAGGCCCUCACCAACGCAGACAUCUUCUAUGAGAUGCAGUACAAGGAGGUCAAGAUUGUCGCUAAUGCCUACCAAACGUUUGCUAACCGGGUGUUGCACCUCAAGCGUAAGCUGGACUCCCUGAAGGCCACCUUACCCGACCUGGACGAGUCGCCCAUCCCCUCGCCUUCUGCCGACGCCCCGUCUCCAACCGGGUCCGAGUCCCCCUUCCACGGGAUGGACCUGGCCGACCCUGAUCCAGAUCUUGAUGGCUCUGCCAUGGAUGACGAAGCAGAGCCACCAGCCCCGAGUCCUCUAUCCUCUCUGGGAGGAGGUUCCCCCAGAGACCCAGAGACUGUUGGACAGAAGGACAAUCGUGAAGUGGAAGACAUGGAGCUCUCUGAGGAGGAAAUUGAGAGCGGGGGCAUUAUAGUAGAGCAGCAGACAGAACGUCCCACCCACCAGGAGGUGGCCACUCCAGCGCCUGCAAACAAGGAACCAGCGGCAGCCACAGAGCAGCCUGUGGCACAGGUCACGCCCCCUGUGGUCGCUCCCGCAGCCAGUGUUGAGAGCGUUGACCUGGGGAAAAUUGGCUCCAUCCUCAACAGUUUAAGCUCAGUCAUAAAGAACGCAGGACCUUUGGUGGAGAGUCCUCCUGCAGCGUCUCCGGCUGUCACACCUGGGAUCUCUGUGGCCUCUCAGGAUGCCAGUUCACUGGUAAAACUCCUUUCCAAGGUGGACGUGAUUCCUUCAGAUCUCCUUGGAGCUCUGUCCAAAGUCCAGGGCAAAAGCGGCUUUGCGGGCAUCUCCUCGACUCUGAGCAUCCCAGCUGCAAAUGUCUCCUCAGUGUCCUCCAUUUCUCCUUCGUCCACAGCUGCAUUAGCAGCCCCACCUCAGAGCCCGUCUCUCUCCUCUGCUGCACCCGUGCCUUCAACACCAAGCUCUUCUGUAAAACAAAGCACAAUCUCCCAAGUCCCCCCCCAGACUUCUAACCGAGCCUCUGCCCUGGUGCAGGCUCUCCAUAGAGACAUGGAUUUGACAACAGAGCCGGAGCCGUCCAAGUCCUCUAAGAGUUUAGAGUCUAAAAUCCAUCGCUUCCUGCGGGGGAACUCUGCUUUUAGUGCAUUUGACUUGGGGUUUGCUGCCAAACCAGCGGGAGGUGACAACGUCAGCCCUGUAGCUGGCACAGACACCCGGGGUGGGACUCCAGUACGGGACGAGGGGGGAGGAACCCCGACUCAAGAUGAGAUCAUGGACAAGCCCUUGGUCCCGUUUACUUCUAACUCAAAUCAGUUGAAAGUCGGGGAAACUGUUGAAGCGGCUUCUGUUGCGAGUCAGAGCAGAACUCAGAAGAACCUCAGCAGCUCCCAGCAGCAGGCUCACUUUCAGCAAGGCGUGGCUCAGAACGGGCAGGCGUACCAGCAGCCCCCUAGUGGCAAACAGGAGAUGUCAGCUCAUGGGAUUACUGCAUCUGUAGCACAUUUCCAGCAGUUUUCUGCACAAACAGGAGGGCUCGUGCCUGGAGAGAGAGCCCCAGGCAGCACCGGUGGCUCCCAGGCAGUCGAAGGCUUUCAGGGGAUGAACGACAGGAGCUGGUACAGUGACAUUUUCCCAGAGGGGAGCUCUCAGCAACCCAGAGGGUACAACGUAGCAGUGCCUGGGGGCCCUGGGGAAAAUAAGACAUCAGGACUUUAUCAGUACCAAACAGAACACACUGGGGAACCUCAAGGGUUCGCUUCCCAGCAGGGAGCCUCCAUGCCCCCUGGUUUCUUUAGAGGCAACCUCCCUCCUGUCCCACAGUUACCUCCGCCUCCUCGCGCCUACGACGCCCCCCCUCUUGUGACCAGCAGUCCGAUGAUUCCCCCUGAUCAUCAACAGGGGAUGAACCGCCAUGGGGACGGACCUGGGGCCCGACCGGACAGUAGCUUCAGUGGGAUGGUGGUGCAUGACCAUCAGCACAAGUCCAUGUUCCAUUCAGACGAGUCAGAGCUCGACCGCCCUCAUCACCCUGGGGAUUUACACCACCACCGAGACAACCUGCAUUACCAGGAGGAGCAGGAGUGGUAUCCGGACGACCCCCACCAUCAAGAUUUCAAUCGGUUUGAGGAAGACCCGUUCCAGGAAGACCCGUUCCACCACCAAGAGGAUCAGUACCACAGGCCAGGCAGUCCCCCACACCACUACCCUAGAGGCCAAGGCAUCAAUCACCCACCCUCAGAAGACCCUUACUUUAGCCACGACUACCAGCGGCACAGCCCCCCUCAUCCUCCCCACUACCAGCCGAGAGGGCCACCCCCGCCUCAUCUUGGUCUGCGACAUCCGCAUCGGCCUCCCCACCCUGCACACCAGCCUCCCCACCCUGCACACCAGCCCCACCCCAGGGGACCCCCACGUGCGCCCUUUCCUCGGUUCCACGGCCCCAAUCCAAGGUUAAGAGGCAAACGUCCAGGUCCAAGAGGCGGAGGGGGAAAUCCUGGUCCAAUGUUUCCACCAAAAAGACCCUUUCCACCUCCCCGGUACUGACCGGAGACUUUGUUCCGAGCUCUCUUAAAUCACUGUGGAUGACGUGAAGGUGGGGGGGGGGAAGACUUUAUCGAUUGCUCAGUAGCUUACAAGUCAAAAUCUGAAACCGCGAAUGUCGCAGAUACUGAGGUGGGAGACGGGAGGACGGAGGGAGGUGAUGCUGAACAACAAAAUUCAGCAGCUGCCAGAAGAAAAAGUGCAAACGGUGAUGAGUAAAGGACGAUUAGGAAAAUCAACUCCCAGAGAGGUGCCGGCCAACGGAGGCUCUGAGAGGGCGGCUGGGCUGAAGGGUGGAGACAGAAGAUCCAAGAAAAAAAGAGGUGGAUAUAUAUAAUUCACUUUUUGUUUUACUUGCUCCAGAAUUCAAGCAAUUCUUUAAAUAUGUAACGGAGUGUCAGUUUGAUAUAGGUCAGUGUGUGUGCAUGGUAUGAGGGGGUGCAUGCGGUCGAGCUUAUGUCCUCUUGUGAAAGGCCGUUCUCAUAUUCUUUCAUCGAAUCCGCCGAAAGUUAUUUUUGCUAAGAGAAUAAGAAAAAUAACGUAGAACGAUUGUGCUGCUGUUCAGUUCGCCACCGAGCAGUUUUGACUGCUUCUCUUCCAUAUCAGCAGUUUCCCAGUAGCUUUUGGUAAAAACAUCCAUUUGAAUUUCACUUUAUAAACAAAAACACAGUGUAUUUAUAUAGAGUUCCUGUUUGUCCUCCAACGGAAGAGAUUUGGGGCAAGAUUACUUAUACUUUUUCCAAACCUGCGAAUGCUUUAUAUUUGUGAAGAACUGCUUUCUCCAGCAAAGCGUUAAGAUCCCUUCGGCGACAGUUUCACGUCUCGUUGAGUUCCUUGAGAAGAGCGGCACACGUCAGAGAUUGAAGGAGAGAGAGAGAGAGAGGUGUGAGAGUUCCAUUUUUUUUUUUUUUUUACCCGCCAACACCGACGCAGAAGAAAUUCAUUUUUGGAGAGGAUGAAGAUUCUCGGCUUCAGUUUCGUUUUACUUGUAUUGACUAAUAAAAAUCUGAGUUUAAAAACUGUGUUGUUCUUUUUCUUUCCUGUGCUCGAUGGACUGUCGCACCACCGCCUCUAACUACCAGCAGCCAUCUAUAUAUAACAUUAGGUUGUGCCUCAACUGGAACAUUGUCAUAAUAGUGAUAACCAGAGACUCUUAGAAGAUCAUCAAAGUUAAUUAAAAUUAUAACACAAUUUACUGAAUUAUAUAGAGGUAGGCGUUGCAAUUUGAGGGCAGGAUUUAAUCAGUAUUUUAUUACUUUUAAAAACUGUUUUGUAAAAAGAGCACGUUUCCUUUAGCUUGUUGACGUAACAUUAAUCCAGAAAGGUUAAACGAAUGUAACAAACAAAGUUCUUAGUGAUUAUAAUUUGUAAAUACUAGUUGACGACAGGUAUCAUGUUUUACUUAUUUACCUACUUGCUGUUAUUGCAAAGAAGAUGCAGCCAUUUUGUGAAAUCCAAAACCUUAAAAUAUGCUCUAAAUAUUUAAUGUUUUCUAAAAUAAAGCAAUUAAACUGUAGACAUAAGAUUACGUAUUAUUCAUGAUGAAGGAAUGUCAACACUGAGGCUGCACAUUUCAGCCUGUGUGGACAUUCCUGCAAAUGUGUUUUUCCCUUAAUCCCAAUAAGAUAAUUUAAAACAUGUGUUUCAGGAGGUUUCUCAGAACACAGGUAACGAAACUUAACCUCAAAAUCAUUUUUUCUAAUCCUCAUUUGUUUCGGUCUUACUAUUUAAAUCCAUCAGGUUUCAAAUUGGCCUCGAAACCUUUGGAUUUGUUCGCGUGGUUCAGGUUCUCCUACCACAAAUCCACUCCACUGUUCCCAGUGCUGUUGUUGUGAUGGACUCUUUUCCGGUCAAGGCUUUUAUCAUCUCCCCCUGGAAAAUCAGGCGUUUGGCUCUUUGCUUCUGAAUGUGAGAGGAAUUUAAUUCGGAGGUCAAACUGUGUCGGAACAGGACGUCAGUGUGAAAACAAGUUUAAAGACUAAGCAGAUUAGUCCAAUUGAUUAGAUGACUACAAAACAAGGUCCUUACUUGAUUCAUUCAUUUGGAAAAUAAAUAAAUAAUCAAAUGUAGUUAAUUAGUACUGUGGACUGGUUAGUACCUUGUUAAACAAUAGAUAAAUAACAUUUUUAUCUUUGUUUUAAAAUAAAAAAUAAAUCGGCUUUUAUCACUUAUAUGAAAAUUGUCACUAAACCAAUUAAACAAUCGUGACACUUUUGCUAAAUUAACCUCAUACUAUACAAUCCAACACUUCCCAACUUUAAUAAGUCAAUAAUAAAUACUUUAUAACAAUAGAAAAUAGACUGAACUCCUAUAUGUUAUCAAUUCUUAACAUGAUUUGUUUGAACACAUGCAGCUUCUGUCUGACGGUUUCAUUUAGUUCGUGCAGCGUUUGGUGAAACAAUGAAAACAGAGAGUGAAGCUAAAAGUGCCGGUCGGUUAAUAGUUAGUUAAUAAUUGAACGGGCAGGUGAAGCCGGUUUUAAAGCGGUGUAUAGUCAGAACAGGUGAGACAGCUGUGGACAGAUGUCAGUGUGUUUCCAGCCGCGCUCACACUUUCUUUAUUAGAUUCAUGUAGCAGCCACUGAAAGAGUUACACAAGAUGUGUUUAUACCUUCAGCCUCUGGUGAGUCAGGGAGACUGUCGGUGUCUUUCAUUGCUGCCUGAUCAUUAAUAUCUUUUGUUUAAUUCAUCUCGUGUGAUAAAUAAUGUUUACUUUCCCUCCAUCCCUUGACUUUUAACCCAUUUUCCUCCUGUUUCAUCCCUCUCUCCCUCCUCCUGCUCUCCUCCUCCUCCU